UCUAACAGUUGCGACACUUGUCAUGAGUCUCUACGUCAUAAUCAUAAAUUUCUCAACGUAUGAGAAAAAUUUCCAGGAAGGGAUCAACAGUCGCAUUGAAGAGACAGGGGACAAGAAGGACAUAAAUUAUCUGUAACUAAUUAUUGACCUGUGUUUACUUGUAGUACAUAUCAUAUCAUACAUUUAUUUAGCAAUUUUUAACCCGAGUCAGGCCUUGGGCGUCUGUCCUGUUUCUGGUAAACCAACUCGCGUAAAACGACUACACUUGGUAGUCAAGUCACUAAUCCUAAGUCAGUGCUUGACCGAAGGCGUCACAGGGGUCAGGUUUGAUAAAAAUAUUUGAAAUGCUCGUAGAAAAUUGAUAUUCGAGAUAAUGGCAAUAUUUAGUACCAAAAUAAGAAUAAAGUGUUACUAUUACCAAAUUGUGACAGUGUUAAAAAUGUAAUUGGAUAUGAAAAUAUGCAAUGACACGAAAUAUAUAAACGAGUUGAUUGAUAAUCUGACUCGGGUUAAACAAUGCUGUCCAUAUUACGCUGAGGGUUUCAUAACUCUAGGCACAAUUUUAAUUCCAGGGAUGAUGAUAGUUGGGGUGCAAAACAUCCCAUUUUGAAAACUGAUAAAUCCGGAAAAAUGAAUUUUUAUUUAAUUUUCUGAUGGUCUUAAUGGACAGUGCAACGCUUCAAAACAUGAUUAUUUCAACUUGGAGAUCAGGUUCUACUUUCGUGGGUGAAGCUGUUGCUAGUCAUCCAGAAACAUAUUAUCAUUUUGAACCAUUGAACCAGUUUAGAAUUGUACAGGCGCGUUCAGGAGAGCCAUUUGCACAAGAAGCGACACAACUCGUAAAGAACCUGAUGAAGUGUGACUACUCCAGUUUACAAGAGUACAUUGAAUUUGGAGUGGAACACGUGUAUCCUCAUAAUCAUAAUCCAAAGGUUUGGGUCCAUUGCGAGCGUCAAAGACAUUUAUGUGCCGAUUGGGAAUUUCUAUCAAAAACUUGUAACAGCGUUUCCAUCCAACUAAUGAAAGCUGUAAGAUUUCGGCUCUCACUCGCAGAAUCCUUAUUGAGCGAUGACGCCUUGAAUCUGCGAGUCCUCUUCCUGGUCAGAGACCCAAGAGGCAGUCUCCUAUCUCGACGAAACCUAACGUGGUGUCAAAAAAGCCCUGACUGUUUCGACACAUCCAGGGUCUGCGCCGAUAUGGUCGCCGACUUCAAGGCGGGGGCCAAGCUGCGUGACAAGUACCCAGGUCAAAUAAAAUUUAUUCGGUAUGAAGAUCUCAUGAUGAAUGUUGAGCCUGAGAUAAAGAGCAUCUUGAGAUUUUUCCGACUGGACUACCAUCCUGAUAUUCAAAAUUUCAUAGCAUCGCACACGGUCACAAGAGUUGGAAAUGACUUUUCAACUUUUCGUGACUCCAAAACAAUGCCUUUUCAUUGGAUUGACCACUAUUUGCAAGAUAAUAAUGAUUCCCAUGUUCUUCAAAACAUUGAGACGCAAUGUCAAGAAGCCAUGAACUUAUGGGGGUACGAGCCAUUGCCAUUCACGAGGAUUGGCGAGUCUACAAUAGCUGUACCAUUGCUCCCACCUCCCUGGCCUGAAAUGAAAAUCGCCUCGGAUGAUUGAACAUUACAAAUUUUUGACAUAUUUGUAGUUUUUCCUCUAUAUAUAAAUAAAUUCUAGUAUUUUCAUAUUA